AUGGAAAGCGAAGAACUUUUUGGAGAGCUGUUUUCAAAUAUUGCAGUAUAUGAUGAUAAUAUAACCGGAUCUUUUGAAGAGCUGUUUUCAAAUAUUGCAGUACAUGACAAUAAUGCAAUCGGAUCUUUUGAAGAUCUAUUUUCAAAAAUUGCAGUGUGCGACGAUAAUUCAACCGGACCAUUUGAGUCAGAUAUUGCAGUAUAUGACAAUAGUUCAAAUAAAACAAUAAAUGCACCAUUUGCUGGACAAGAGUUUUGUAGUUGGGAUGAUCUUGAUCGUUUUAUAUUAUUUUACACAAAAUCACAAAAUUUUGUGAGUGUCAUAUGUGGAUCAGAAUACAGUGACAGAAUUUGUAGAAAUCGUCAAUAUGCUUGUGAACAUCAAGGUCAUAGUAGUACGAACAAGAUUAGUAUUGCUAAAAAUCAACGGAAACACGUAGCAAACGUAUUGGAUGUCGGUGGCAAGUUCAAGCUAGUUACUGAAGUUGGAAAUAUCAAUAUGAGAACACAAUAUCAAAUGUUACAAAAUCAUGUCGAUUGUGAGGCAGCCACCUUACUCAAUAACCUUCUAGAACGUAAAGCUGAAGAUAAUAGAUGA